AUGGCCUUGCUUAGAAAGAAUGUCAUCACAGAACCUACCGCCAAGGUUCCCCCGGACGCCCGUCUCAGCCAGGCCGGCAGCAGCCUCAUUUGCCCCAUGGCCUUCGUGCUCUCUCUACUGACCGCCCUGGUGGUGUUCAGCUACGGCCCUGGUGGAUCUCUGGGCUGCGACCUGUCUCAGAACCACGUGCGGAUUAGCAGGAAGAACUUCAUGCUUCUGGGCCAGAUGCGGAGAAUCUCCCCUCGCUUCUGUCUGAAGGACAGAAAAGACUUCGGUUUCCCCCAGGACAUGGUGGAUGGCAGCCAGCUCCCGAAGGCCCAGGCCACCUCUGUCCUCCACGAGAUGCUCCAGCAGGUCUUCUGCCUCUUCCACACAGAGCGCUCCCCUGCCGCCUGGGACACCUCCCUCCUGGACAAACUCCGCACUGGACUCCAUCAGCAGCUGGAGGACCUGGACGCCUGCUUGGUGCAGGCGAUGGGAGAUGAAGAAACUGCCCUGGGAGUGACGGGCCCUACACUGGCCGUGAAGAGGUACUUCCAGGGAAUCCACCUCUACCUGAAAGAGAAGAAAUACAGUGACUGUGCCUGGGAAAUUGUCAGAGUGGAAAUCAUGAGAUCCUUGUCUUCAUCAACCAACUUGCAAGAAAGGAUAAGAAUUAUGCAUGGAGACCUGGGGUCACCUUGA